CAGCACCGUCUCAGAAGUCCCCUCAUCAAAUGGGUGUGGAUCGACUGCGCAUGUCCGUGACCGAGCUCUUUCGGAAGCUAAGUCGGGUUUAUCUAGGGGGUCCACAUCAAAAACCGAAAACAAAAGAGUCAUGUCGGGUUUUCUGGACGGAAUCCGGUGCGGAGAUUGCGAGUGCAGUGUGGACUGGGGAGAGAGAAGAAACACCAUCGCAUCUAUAGCUGCCGGAGUCCUGUUUUUCACAGGCUGGUGGAUCAUCAUCGACGCAGCAGUGAAAUAUCCUGAUGAGGGACAGUUUCAUCAUGCCUAUCACACUUGUGGAGUCAUCGCUACACUGGCUUUUCUCAUGAUAAAUGCUGUUUCAAAUGGCCAAGUGAGAGGAGACAGCUACAGUGAAGGCUGCAUGGGACAGACAGGCGCUCGGGUCUGGCUCUUCAUUGGCUUCAUGCUGGCUUUUGGCUCCCUCAUUGCCUCCAUGUGGAUUCUGUUCGGAGGAUUCGUAGUGCCUCAAAAGCCUGUUGUGUAUCCUGGUAUUGCCAUUUUCUUCCAAAAUGCAUUCAUUUUCUUUGGGGGUUUGGUCUUCAAGUUUGGACGUACAGAGGAUCUCUGGCAGUAACGGACUCUUGUGGGACCACUGUUUAUACACUCUGCUUUCUACAUUGUAUGAAACAAUACGCUUUAGUGGUUAUUCACUUUAUAUAAAACUUUUUUAGCUUUCAAAUUAACAUGUUUAAUUUAUAUCGUUUGCUGUAUAAUGGCUAAAUCAUAACUAAGCACAAAUUUUCAUAGAUUCCUUGAAAGUUGAAUAUUUUCAAGUGUGGCACAUCUUUAAAUGUGUCUAUUUGCACUGUGUAACCAUGUUGUUAAAAUGGUUUACAACUUGUGUAUAAAAAAAGUGUGUAUUUUGGGAGCUUUACAUCCAGUAACUGUCCACAUUUCCUUUGGGUAUACUUACUUCUACGACAUCCUUAAAGUUCUUUUGUCUGUUAGAUGGAAAUAACAUAAAUUAUUAUGGUACAAAUUAUCAUUGAGGGCAAUAUUUCAUAAUACUGUAUACAUUUACUGAAUGUAACCAUAUGGGGUUGUUUGUAUCUUUCCUGAAAUAACAAUGUCAACUCUGAAACUUUUGCAGUCAUCCAGAUUUAUGGUUGAUGGUUAAUUCUCUCACACUGCUGACCUAAAGUCAGCAAAGGGUUCUCAGCUAUAGGGUGUUGUGUGUGUGUGUGUGUCAUGGAGAUUUGUAUUUGACUGCAACACUUACCCAUUUGCUUGUGUAACAUCCUUGAGGUCAGUUUCUGACAACCAUGGUAGCAUUAAACAGAAACAUACUGAGCAGUAAAUAA